ACGGCAUUCCGACGUGAUAUUUCGCCACAGGUCGCAUAAAUUACGGUUACGGAGGAUAUGGGGGUGGCCACGGAUCCGGAGGUUACGGAGGACACGGGGGUUACGGAGGUCACGGAGGUUACGGAGGCUACGGAGGUUACGGAGGACACGGAGGUUACGGAGGCUACGGAGGUUACGGAGGACGCGGUGGUUACGGAGGCGGCUAUGGAGGUUAUGGAGGUCACGGAGGUCGCAGAGGCGGAUACGGAGGUUACGGAGGUCACAGACGCAGCUACGGAGGUUAUGGAGGUUACGGAGGCGGCUACGGAGGCGGCUACGGAGGCGGCCACGGAGGCGGCUACGGAGGUUACGGCGGCCACUAAACGUUGCAAUAGCUAUGAAGAGCACAUUCGGCGAACAACUACUUAUCUGUUUUUUUUUUAAUCAAUCUGAAAAUUUUAAAUCUAAAUUCGACUGAAAAAACCAUUUGUAUUAGAUGCACCAUCUAUGACAGCAGUGAUGGACCGCCUCGUAUCUCACGCGGGUACGUGCGGUUGAUACAGUGUCAUCGCCGGUUAAUUUACCGUGAUUUCUACACGUUCUGUGCCGCCAUGUUAUGCUUAUGUAGUUGACAUCCCCUACACCCCCCGUUUGUAACAUAAACCGUCCCAGUUUCGCAAGACGAAUGGAGCCACUCGUGGUGAGCUUAUAUGAUAAAUACAAUGUUAAUCCAAAGACUGUUAUUAUGUGCGCGAUGUGUGCACGAAUUAUUCGUUAGUCGUUAACUUUAAAGUUCUCGUUUUUCUCAUGUAUUUCUCAUGUUUGAGUUGAGUAUCAAGUUGUAGUUACGCUGUUUUAUAGCUAGUCGACGUGACAGUUGUCAAGGCUAUGUUCGCGCAAUAGACGCAAACGACGUAAAUUUCGUCGAACCGGAAAUUUGACAAAAAAUCUGUCACGUUGGGAAGAUGAUAAAGUAUUUGCCUUUUAAUUUUGAAGAUGGACAAUCAGGUUUAUUGGCAGCAGUUCUGACUAGCACGCGCGGUUGCUUCUCGCAAUUAUUUUUGAAUGGCAGAUGUGGAAUGGAGUUCUCUGCUGUGUUGUUACAUAAACGCUGUCUCGCCGUUACGCUGUUACUGAACCUCACUCUUUCUAACUCUGUAUUAUCAACUCGCUCAGGUUUACAUGUUACUAAUAUAGAGGUUCAAAUAUGCUAGAACACAUCGGGACUCGUAUUCCGUUGAUUUUUAUGCUUGUUUUUUUGUUAAAUGUCUGCUGUGAUAAUAACAAUUAUUAUAUGAAAACAAUA